AUGUCGAAACGAAAAUUCGAAAGUGGAGCUUCAAAAAGAAAAAGAAUGGAUCAUGAUUUGUUAAUUAAAUGUUCCAACGAUAAAACACAAAAAACACAACAAAUUCAAGAUUUAAGAAAGUGUACACGUGAGUUUUCUAGGACUAAAGAUGCAGCUGAUAAGUUUGUACAACAUACCAAUAAAAUAUUUCAAAAAAUGAAAAACAAUGUAAUUGAAAUCGCAAAUAGUCUACCACAAUCUCGUAAAAAAAAAAAAACUAAGCAAUUUCAUGAUUAUGAGGCAGAUGAUGAUCCUAUAACAGACCCAUUGCAUUCGUAUGAGGUUAAUGUUUACAAUCAAUUAUGUGCAGAUUUUGCAUGUCUUGGCCCUAAUAAUUUCAAACCAGAUGUAACACUUCCAAAAAAUGCUCUUAUUGGUGUGUUUGACAAAAUUUGCAAUUAUUGUCCAGGAAUUAUGUACGAAGACUUUCGAAAUGAAUAUAUAGACUUCAUAUCAAAAUGGAAAGAAAUAAAAAAAAAUAUUGACUGUGUAUAUACUGAACUACAAGACUAUGAUGAAAAUAUUGAUGCAUUCGUUAAGUCUGGUGUUGGAUAUAACUCAAAAAAGCCAAAUUCUUUUGUAGUGACUAAAUUCGAUAACUGGAGAAAAGCACUGGAAGGAUUUCAAAACCAUAGUGAAACAAAUUAUCACAAAACCUGUUUAUCCGAUUCUGAACAUUUUCUUAAAGUACAAAAAAAUAUUAAUGAAGACAUAUCAGUAAAACUAGACUCCAGUAGAAAGAAUCAAAUAAUGAAAAAUCGCGAACUUUUAACUCCGAUAAUCGAAGCAAUCAUUUUAUGUGGCAGGCAGAAUAUAGCAAUUAGAGGACACAGAGAUUCCGGUAAAUUAAUGAUCGACCAAACUGAUAACGAAUAUGAAAACAAUGAAGGGAAUUUUCGGGAAAUUUUACGGUAUAGGGCUCGAGGUGAUGAGCAGCUUAAAUUAUUUUUAGAAAGUAAUGGACAUUUAAAAUACACAAGUGCGACGAUUCAAAACGAAAUCAUCGAAUCGUGUAACCAAAUUUUAUUGAAACGAAUUGUGAGUAGAGUGAACUCUGCUCAAUGUUUUUCAAUACUCGCCGAUGAAACAGCUGACAUUGCGAACAUCGAACAAGUAGCAUUGUGUUUAGCAUCAUUAAUAUUAGAAAACUUGCACAAUUUUGGUAUAGAAACAAAGUACAUGAGAGGACAAGGUUAUGACGGCGCGGCUGCAAUGUCAGGAGAAUUUAAUGGCGUUCAAGCCAUAAUUCGUAAGACUCAUCCUCUUGCUCUUUAUGUGCAUUGUUCCGCACAUGUCCUUAACUUAGCUGUUUCAAACUCCUGCAAAGUACAGGAAAUAAGAAAUUGUUUGGGGACCAUUUCUAAAGCUCGGGAUUUUUUCAAUUUUCCUAAAAGAAAAGAUGUUUUAAAAACUCAAAUUGAAAAUAGUGAUGAAAAAAUCUCAAAAAAAUCAUUAAAACGUCUUUGCGCUACCCGAUGGAUUGAACGUUACCAUGCAGUGAAUGAUUUUGAAGAGUUAUUUGACCAAGUGAUAGAAUCAUUAAACUUUAUAUCUGAGUGGAAAGAUGUUGAGACUUCUUCGCAUGCCAGUAAUCUGUGUAGUGCUAUAUUAGAAGGUGGAUUUAUUAUUUCUAUGCUUAUAGUAGCUAAAUGCUUUAGUGUUGGUCUUCCUUUAUCGAAACAUCUUCAGCGGGUUAAUAUUGACCUUGGCGAAGCGAUCCAAUUAGCGGAGGAUACAAUAAAAGAACUUGAAGAUUUUCGAAAAAAUGCUGAUUCUAUUUUCCAAGACAUUUUUGAAAAUGCUGUUUCUCUUGGUAAUAAAUUUGGUGUUACUAUAAGUAUCCCUAGAACUACGAAAAGACAAGCAAACCGUGUAAAUGUUGAAACUGAUUCAAUAGAAGUAUAUUAUAGAAUCGCUAUAUUUAUACCUUAUAUUGAAACAUUUAUUGAGCAAUUGAAAGUUCGAUUUACCAGCCAUAAAGCUAUUUUAGUUAAUUUUAAUUCACUCAUAAGUCUUAAUACGGAUGAAAACAAUUUUUUGUCAUUAACUGAAACAUACAUGGAAGAUCUUUCUUCGUCCUCCAAGACAGUAUUAUUAUCGGAGUAUAAUUUGUGGCAAAGACGACUGAGAAAUUUAGAAACUUCUAACUAUAGAAACGCAAUGGAAGCUUUGUCUAUAUGUAAUCCAGAAAUAUACCCAAAUAUAUUUAAAUUGUUAACAAUUUUUGCGACACUGCCAGUUUCAACUGCACAGAACGAAAGAUCAUUUUCAUCACUUAAAAAGAUAAAGACUUAUUUACGUAAUACUAUGGGCCAAAAAAGGCUAAAUGGAUUAGCCAUGUUAUCAAUCAAUCGGAAGGAUCGCCUUGAAAGUAAGCAAGUAUUGGAUGAAUUGGCUGUAAAAAAAAGACGUCUACCUUUAAUACUGUGA